CUUGACUUGAUUAAUUAUUAAAUAAUGACCAAGCAUAUAUGCGAACUACCUGUGAAUCGAGAACACGAGUUUCCCUUCGCGACUAUACAACCAUUGACUUUCAAAAAUGUGUGGAUAGCUUGGUGUGGUAUCAGUAAAUAUACUCCAAAAUGCGGUCGUUACAUGGACAGCACGGCCACGGUGACUGCCGAGAGAAGAAGGCACGCUGCUCUCAAACAUUGGUGGAUAAUACAUCCGUUUAGUUACGCCAAGUACCUUUCUACGUUUCCUUUUAUAUACGAUAUAUCUUUCUUUCUCUUUCUCUCUCUAAGAUACAAAAUACUUUUAUGUAUAAAAAUCGUCAUUCUGAACGAGAAAAUUCAUAGAUACCUUUGGGAUACAUUCAUGAUGGCGAUUUACUCAAUCGCCUUCCUGACGAUACCUUUCAUGAUCUGCUUCGUUGUUAUGGACUACGAAUCGAUUCUCCUGGAUAAAGUGAAUAUCCCGAUUUAUGCGAUUUGCUGGUUGGACAUAUCGCUUAAUUGCAUUACGGGUUAUUACGACAGCAAAGACAUGCAUAUCGAGUUGAAACUUAGUAAAAUACUUAUGUUCUAUCUUAAAGGACUUUUCCUGCCAGAUGUGCUAUCGUCCUUUCCGUACGAUCACAUAACGCUGCCAUGGCGAAGACUGCCAGGAGAUGGCUCGUAUCAUAUCGUUACCUUAAUCAAUAUAUUGCCUUUUAUGAAGAUAACACGCUACUCGACGUUUAGGUCGAACAUUUUUUAUCUAUUUCAGCACUUUGAAAUUAAGCAUUUUUACUAUGAAUUAUACAUUACGCUAUUACUGGGAAUAUACUUAAUCUUCUGGUUCUCCUGUCUGUGUUACUUAAUACCGAUUUUAUUAAUGAUGCACUUCGUCAACAUUCCGCCGCGAGAAUGCGAGAAUUGCUGGAUGACGGGCUUAGAGGACCGCACUCUCAUGUUCAGAUUCCAAAAUGCCAUGCUGAUCGUGCUGGAGAAUGUUCUAGCAACUGGUUACGGUCUCUUCAAACCUAAAACGGAUGGUCACCUCAUCUUGAGCAGUUUUAUCAUGCUUAUCGGCAGGAUUAUUCUGUGUUACUUCUUGAGUAAAGCAUCGUAUUAUUUAUUUAUUGUUUGUCUCUCUAAAAGCGCUAUAUAUCUUCGGCAGAUAAAAGCAGACGCAUUGUGUCUCCUUCUAGUUAUGUUCCUUCGGGUCACAUCUGAGAGAACGGAGUCCGAAACGAAGUUUCAAGAGAUCAUAAACGAAGUGAAGGCGUACACUAGACAGAAGCAGUUAGUGCCGCACAUGAAGAAGCGUCUCUUGGCUUAUUACUAUUAUCGCUUCAAGAACAGUUAUUUUCGCGAGAAACAAAUUUUGUCCAACUUGUCAGAAACGUUACGCGAAGAGAUCGCGCUCGAGUCUUGCCGGCGAUUAAUUGAAAACGUAGCGAUAUUCAAGAGUCUACCCAGGCAUAUUCUGCAGUCGAUAGUGAAAAACUUGAAAUUCGAGUUAUAUCUACCGAACGAGGUGAUUAUCAAAGCUGGUAGCCACGGUGACUGCAUGUUCUUCUUGUCUUCAGGAACCGUAGCGAUCCUGACGCCAACUGGGAAAGAAAUAUGCCAUUUGGAUGACGGAGCCUAUUUCGGCGAGAUCGCUCUCUUAGUGGCGGAUGAACGAAGGGUGGCCAGCGUCGUCGCCAUCGAUGUCUGCGAAUUGUACCGAAUCGAUCGCAAGGAUUUUCGUCAAUGUAUAGCUGUGCACAGCGAAUUGUUUGCGGAGAUUGAACGUAUCGCCAUUGAACGAGUGGAUAAGAUCGUUCGGGCCGAGAAACAGUACAAACAUUUCCUGAUGCGUCCCCCUAGUCGUGCAAAAACUCUCUUACCGACAAACUCAAUAUGAAAAAAAAGAAAAAUUAUAUGCGAUGUGAGGACAUAUUAAAUAAAUAAAUAUCCGUGGCAAAAUGAAACUCGUUAUUUUCGCCCUUCUCGUUAUUAUUGCGAUGGCCAUGGCUGCUCCUCAAGAAAGAAAAGCUAAGUGCAGUAAAAUACGUAAACACGUAAGUCUUUGAAUUGUUAUUUACACACAAUUAAAGAUGCAAAUCCAAUCUUUAUAUCUUAUAAGUAAUUAGGGAACUCACAAAGUAAGUCAAAGUAAUAUAAAAAACCUUAAUGCUGC